AUGGGCAACACUUGCCGUGGAUCUUUCAAAGGCAAACUGUAUCAGGGCUACAAUCAGCCCGAGGAUCUCUCAGCGACUUCAACUUCCAGGCGCAAUCCUUCUUCUGAUCAAACCAGUUCUGAACAUUCCAAUUCCAGCUUCGCCACCCCUGAUUUCAUCACCACCCCUCCUAACCCCAACAACCAUAACAAUUUGCCCAUUGCCAGCCCCGCCAAGGAAGUCAGCACAAUGAGGCGCACAGCGGAUAAUCAAGCUUACUACGUUCUCGGCCACAGAACUCCCAACAUUCGCGACCUCUACAACUUGGGCCGCAAGUUGGGGCAGGGCCAAUUUGGCACUACUUACCUCUGCACCGAGAUUUCCUCAGGGAUCGAGUUCGCUUGCAAAUCGAUCUCCAAGAGGAAGUUGAUCUCCAGAGAAGAUGUAGAUGAUGUUCGCAGGGAGAUUCAGAUUAUGCACCAUUUGGCUGGUCACAAGAACAUUGUCACCAUCAAAGGUGCCUAUGAGGACCCUUUGUAUGUUCACAUUGUGAUGGAGCUUUGCUCUGGUGGCGAGCUGUUCGAUAGAAUCAUCCAGAGAGGGCAUUACAGUGAGAGGAAAGCCGCUGAGCUCACCAAGAUCAUUGCCAGUGUUGUCGAGGCCUGCCAUUCUCUUGGGGUUAUGCAUAGAGAUCUGAAGCCUGAAAAUUUCUUGUUGGUUAACAAGGAUGAUGACUUCUCUCUCAAGGCCAUCGAUUUUGGGCUCUCUGUGUUUUUCAAACCGGGGCAAAUUUUCACUGAUGUUGUUGGAAGUCCUUAUUAUGUUGCACCUGAGGUGCUUCUCAAGCAUUAUGGGCCAGAAGCUGAUGUAUGGACCGCUGGUGUCAUUCUGUACAUAUUGUUAAGUGGGGUGCCGCCAUUUUGGGCUGAGACGCAGCAAGGAAUAUUUGAUGCAGUCUUGAAGGGCCAUAUUGACUUUGACUCAGACCCAUGGCCAUUAAUUUCAGAGAGUGCCAAAGAUCUCAUUCGAAGGAUGCUUUCAUCCCAUCCUAAAGAACGCUUGACUGCUCAUGAAGUGUUAUGUCAUCCUUGGAUCUGUGAAAAUGGAGUUGCUCCUGAUAGAGCCCUUGAUGCAGCUGUACUCACUCGUCUCAAGCAGUUCUCGGCAAUGAAUAAACUAAAAAAGAUGGCUCUACGGGUCAUAGCUGAAAGCCUAUCAGAGGAAGAGAUUGCUGGUUUGAAGGAAAUGUUCAAGUCUAUGGACACUGAUGGCAGUGGUGCAAUAACGUUUGAUGAACUCAAAGCAGGUUUAAGAAGAUAUGGCUCGACCAUGAAGGAUACAGAGAUACGUGAUCUUAUGGAUGCGGCUGAUGUGGACAAUAGUGGAACCAUUGACUAUGGUGAAUUCAUAGCUGCGACAAUCCAUCUCAACAAAUUGGAACGUGAGGAACAUCUUGUUGCGGCAUUCAGGUACUUUGACAAGGAUGGAAGCGGUUACAUCACAGUGGAUGAGCUUCAGCAUGCAUGUGCCGAGCAGAACAUGACUGAUGUUUUCAUUGAGGAUAUAAUCAGAGAAGUUGAUCAAGAUAAUGAUGGACGGAUUGAUUAUGGUGAAUUUGUGGCGAUGAUGCAAAAGGGUAACGCAGGAAUUGGUAGACGAACAAUGAGGAACAGUCUAAAUUUGAGCAUGAGGGAUGCACCUGGUGCUCAAUAA